AUGCGGUGCAAUAUCAGAAUACUACUUCUGGAAGCAAAAAUAGUGGGUCAACGUGCAUAUCGUUCUAUCUUUGGUGAGGAAAGAAAAAUCAAACUUGCAAGGCACAUACAGAAUUUCCGAGAGGUGUAUCCAGACUUCCAGCCUUCCUCUAUCCAUGGCAGACGAAAUUUGUUGCGGGAGGAACUGGAAAGAAAAGACAUGUUAGAGCGUCGUUUGCGAAUAGAUAUUCCUGAAUUCUAUGUUGGUUCCAUUGUUGCUGUUACUUAUUCGGAUAAAAAAUUGAUCGGAUUGAGGAAUCGAUUUUUGGGCAUAUGCAUUAAUCGCAGAUUGGAAGGUCUGAAGUCACAGUUUACACUGCGGAACGUCAUCGAAGGAAUAGGAGUGGAAGUUAUGUAUGAAAUGUACACACCAACAAUUACGAAAAUAGAAGUAAUCAAACUGGAAAAGCGUUUGGAUGAUGAUUUAAGCUAUUUAAUUGAUGCUUAUCCCGAAUAUAGUACAUUCGAUAUUCACAUGGAACCUACGUCUCAUGUUGUUGGAAUAGAAGAUGUGUGGAGUGAGCAAACUCCAUGGUAUAAAAAAAAAUUCAGAAGAACAAAAAUCACUAACCUCCGCAAAUAUGAUCUCAUAGCCGAUUAUCGUCAAAUAAUGACUGACAUUGAUGAGGAACUGCUAAUUGAGCAGGAAAUGCUCGAUUUUGAAAUCCAGAGACAACAAACCGGUGCAACUAAGAGGAAAAUACUGCGGUCUGCUGAACAACCAUAUAUCCAUGAUUUAUAA